UCAUGCGCCCCCCCUCGCGGCGCCCGCCCGCCGCCCGCCCGCGCCCUCCUCGCUCCCGCGCUGUCUUUUUUGGGGCGCCAUGCUGAGGGGAAGGGAAGAUGGUGAGUUGGAAGAAGGGGAACUGGAAGAUGACGGGGCUGAGGAGACCCAGGACACCUCCGGAGGCCCUGAGAGGAGCCGGAAGGAAAAGGGGGAGAAGCACCACAGUGACUCGGAUGAGGAAAAGUCUCACCGGAGGCUGAAGCGCAAGCGCAAGAAGGAGCGGGAGAAGGAGAAGCGGAGGUCCAAGAAGAGGAGGAAAUCCAAGCACAAGCGCCACGCUUCCUCCAGCGAUGACUUCUCCGACUUCUCUGACGACUCGGAUUUCAGCCCCAGCGAGAAGGGCCACCGAAAAUACCGGGAGUACAGCCCCCCAUAUGCCUCGUCCCACCAGCAGUACCCCCCAUCUCACGGCACCCCGCUGCCCAAGAAGAGCUACUCUAAGAUGGACAGCAAGGGCUAUGGGCUGUACGAAAGCUAUGAGAACGAGCAGUAUGGCGACUACGAGGGCGACGAGGAGGAGGACCUGGCCAAGGACGACUAUGAUGACUUCACCAAGGAGCUCAACCAGUACCGGCGUGCCAAGGAAGGCGGCCGAGGCCGGGGCAGCCGAGGCCGGGGCCGGGGCUACCGAGGCCGAGGAAGCCGAGGAGGGUCUCGGGGCCGAGGAAUGGGCCGGGGCAGCCGAGGCCGGGGCCGGGGCUCGGGAGGCGACCACCCGGAGGACGAGGAGGACUUCUACGAGGAUGAGAUGGAGUAUGGAGAGAGUGAGGAGCCCCUGGGUGACGACGACUAUGACGAGUACUCCAAGGAGCUGAACCAGUACCGCCGCUCCAAGGAUGGCCGGGGCCGAGGCUUGAGCCGGGGCCGGGGCCGGGGUUCCCGAGGUCGAGGCAAAGGCCUGGGCCGGGGCCGGGGCCGAGGUGGGAGCCGAGUAGGUGUGAAGGGCUCCAUGAAUGACGAUGACGACUUCUACGAUGAGGACAUGGGCGAUGGUGGUGGCAGCUACCGGAGGAAUGACCAUGACAAGCCCCACCAGCAGUCGGACAAGAAGGGCAAAGUCAUCUGCAAGUACUUCGUGGAAGGGCGCUGCACGUGGGGGGACCACUGCAAUUUCAGCCACGAUAUCGAGCUGCCCAAGAAACGUGAGCUGUGCAAGUUCUACAUCACGGGCUUCUGUGCGCGCGCUGAGAACUGCCCCUACAUGCAUGGGGACUUUCCAUGCAAGCUGUACCACACGACGGGGAAAUGCAUCAACGGCGACGAAUGCAUGUUCUCCCACGACCCCCUCACCGAUGAGACCCGUGAGCUCCUGGAUAAGAUGCUAGCAGAUGACGCAGAGGCUGGUGCUGAGGACGAAAAGGAGGUGGAGGAGCUGAAGAAACAAGGCAUCAACCCGCUGCCCAAGCCGCCCCCUGGGGUCGGCCUCCUGCCCACGCCACCGAGGCCUCCUGGCCCUCAGGCCCCCACCUCGCCCAAUGGCAGGCCCAUGCAGGGGCCCCCCGGACCACCGCCACCACCACCGCCCCCACCCCCGGGGCCCCCACAGAUGCCAGUGCACGAGCCGCUGUCCCCGCAGCAGCAGGACAUGUACAGCAAGAAGAUCCCGUCCUUGUUUGAGAUUGUGGUGCGGCCAACGGGCCAACUGGCCGAGAAGCUGGGGGUGCGGUUCCCUGGGCCCGGGGGUGGCCCCCCAGGACCAAUGGGCCCUGGGCCCAACAUGGGGCCUCCAGGACCGAUGGGCCCGAUGCACCCGGACAUGCACCCUGACAUGCAUCCCGACAUGCACCCGGACAUGCACCCGGACAUGCACCCGGACAUGCCCAUGGGCCCCAGCAUGAACCCCGGCCCCCCUAUGGGCCCAGGAGGUCCCCCCAUGAUGCCGUAUGGGCCUGGAGACUCCCCGCACUCGGGAAUGAUGCCCCCCAUCCCACCUGCCCAGAACUUCUACGAGAAUUUCUACCAGCAGCAGGAGGGCUUAGAGAUGGAGCCCGCGCUCCUGGGAGACACAGAGGACUAUGGGCACUACGAGGAGCUGCCUGGGGAGCCAGGGGAGCACCUUUUCCCCGAGCACCCGCUGGAGCCUGACAGCUUCCCUGAUGGAGGCCCCCCAGGCCGGCCCAAGUCGGGCGCCGCGGUCCCCGACUUCCUGCCUUCGGCCCAGCGGGCCUUGUACCUGCGGAUCCAGCAGAAGCAACAGGAGGAAGAGGAGAGAGCCAGGCGGCUGGCGGAGAGCGGCAAGCCGGAGCGGGAGAACGAGGAAGGCGACACGGGCAACUGGUACUCGAGUGACGACGACGAGGGCGGCAGCAGCGUCACGUCCAUCCUCCGGACCCUGCGCCAGCAGACCUGUGGCCGCGCCGCCCCCGGCGGGGAGCUGAGCGACCCCCGCCUGCACAAGGCGCACCCCACGGGCAGCCGGCUGGCCGACCCCCGCCUCAGCCGCGACCCCAGACUCUCGCGCCACGCCGACGCCCCGGGCGGCCCGGGCCCCGCCGACUCGGGCCCCUCCGACCCGCGGCUGGCGCGCGCCCUGCCCGCCUCCAAGCCCGACGCGGCCGUCGGCCACCCCGGCUCCGCGGGGCCCGGCGGCGGCGCCAAGGGCGCGGGCGGCCCGGGCGCGGCGGCCGAGGAGGAGGACGGGGAGCGCGCGCUGCGCGAGAAGGCGGUCAGCAUCCCCCUGGACCCGCUGCCCGGGCCGCCGCUGCGCGACCCGCGCUCGCAGCUGCAGCAGUUCAGCCACAUCAAGAAGGACGUGACGCUGAGCCGGCCGGGCUUCGCGCGCACCGUGCUCUGGAGCCCCGACGACCUCCUCCCGCUGCCCAUCCCCAAGCAGGACGCCGCGCCGCCCGUGCCCGCCGCGCUGCAGGCCCUGCCCGCCCUGGACCCGCGGCUGCACCGCGGCGCCGCCGCCCCGGCCGCCCCGCGCCCGCGCCCCGGCCCCGGCCCGGGCGCCGCCUCCGACCCCGGCGCCGCGGGCUCCAGCCUGCCGGACUUCGAGCUGCUGACGCGCAUCCUCAAGACGGUCAGCGCCACGGGCCCCGCGGCCGGCCCCGCAGACAAGCCCAGCGACCCCCGCGUGCGCAAGGGCCCCAGCGACCCGCGGCUGCAGAAGCCGGCCGACGCCGCCAAGCCGGGGCCCGCCGACCCGUCGUCGCCCCGCGCCAGCCCCGGCCGGGAGGGCUCCCCGCCCGCCACGGCGCCCUACGACCCCCGCGUGCUGGCGGCCGGCGGGCUGGGCCCGGGCGGCGGCGGCGGCCAGAGCAGCGUGCUGAGCGGCAUCAGCCUGUACGACCCCAGGACUCGCAACGCGGGCGGCAAGGCCGGGGACCCCGCGGCCGACGCGGGCGCCCAGCCCAAGGGCCCCGACGGCAACGGCAAGAGCCCGUCGGGCGGCGGCGGCGGAGGUAGCGCCGGCGCCAAGGCCAAGGAGCCCCCGUUCGUGCGCAAGUCGGCGCUGGAGCAGCCCGAGGGAGCCGCGGCCCCCGCCACGGACCGCUACAACAGCUACAACCGGCCGCGGCCCAAGGCCCCCGCCGCCGCCGCCGGCACCACCGGACCCCCGCCCGCCGAGGGCGCCCCGCCGCAGCCCGGGGUGCACAACCUGCCGGUGCCCACCCUCUUCGGGACCGUGAAGCAGGCGCCCAAGACGGGCGCGGGCAGCCCCUUCGCGGGCAACAGCCCGGCCCGCGAGGCCGAGCAGGACGCGGGGUCCCUCAAGGAUGUCUUCAAAGGCUUCGACCCCACCGCCUCCCCCUUCUGCCAGUAGUGCUGGGCCGGCCGAGGUGGCUCCGGCACCCGCCUGCCAGCCGGCAGGGCAGGGCAGGGCAGGGCAGCGGCGGGCGGGGAACGUGCUUGUCUUUCCGACUCCUCUUCUUCCCGGUAGUGCUUUCUGCGAG